AGAAAACUGAACUGCUCUAUUACUGUUACUACUUAAUACUUGCUUGACCAUGAUGGCUGCAACUCAGUCAUCCUUUUGGUGUUUUGCCCUCUUUUCACUUUAUGUUUAUAUUGUCAGAGGAUCUUUUACCAUUGCUAAUGAAGACCGAAAAGAGUAUAUAGUGUACAUGGGAUCUCUUCCUUCGGAUCCGAAGUAUUCACCCAAGUCACACCACUUGAGCAUGCUUCGAGGAGUGGUCAGCUCCAGUUAUGCGGGACAAUCACUGAUCAGAAGCUACACAAGGAGUUUUAAUGGGUUUGCAGCUCUUCUCACAGAUAAGGAGGCAGCAAAAUUAUCAAGUGAUGAGAAUGUGGUGUCCGUAUUCCGGAGUGAAACACUACAACUUCACACCACAGAGUCUUGGGAUUUCAUGGGAUUCCCUGAGAAUAUAGAUCGCAACCUAACUGGAGAAGGCGAAGUCAUAAUCGGGGUGCUGGACACCGGGAUUUGGCCAGAGUCUCCGAGUUUUGAUGAUCAUGGUUUUGGCCCUGUCCCUAAGAGAUGGAAGGGUGAAUGUCAAGGCGGCUCUGAUUUCAAAUGUAACAAGAAGAUCAUUGGAGCCCGAUUCUACGAUGGAAGUACGGGAGGGUCAUCUUGUAGAGAUACAAUUGGGCAUGGAUCACACACUGCAUCCAUAGCAGGCGGAAGACCCGUCAAGAAUACUAGCUUUUACGGCAUCGCCGAGGGUUUAGCCAGGGGAGGCGCACCCUCUGCUAGGAUCGCGGCGUACCAAGUGUGUUCCACUAUUGGAUGUAGUACGGCUGGAAUAUUGGGUGCAUUUGAUGAUGCAGUUGCCGACGGAGUGGAUAUCCUAUCUGUGUCUCUGGGACGACAACAACCGGUGAGCAUAGAGGAAGACACAAUUGCGAUUGGAGCUUUCCACGCAACGGAGAAAGGCAUCCUGGUGGUGCAAUCUGCUGGGAAUAGUGGUCCUAUGGUUGGUAGUACUGCCAGUAAUGCCCCUUGGUUGUUUAGUGUGGCUGCCAGUACUACCAAUCGUAAGAUUAUGACUAAAGUUGUCCUUGGUAAUUCCAAAGUUUUGGAGGGUUACGCAGUAAAUUCAUUUAAGUUGAAGGGUUCACAAGUUCCAGUUGUAUAUGGUGCUGAAACCACAUCUGACUGUGCUCCCGACUUAGCCAAGCUAUGCGAGAGAGGUUGUUUAGAUAAGAAUUUGGUGAAGGGGAAGAUUCUACUUUGUCAAUCGUCGGAUUACCUGGUAGAUGCUUAUGAAGCUGGAGCCGUCGGACUUGUUGCUCAGAAAUCUCCGAGUACACCCAAUAUUUCGGCUGUUCUUCCAUUCGCUAUUUCACUCCUCCCUUCUUACCAAUUCGAAUUGGCUGAAAGCUAUUACGACUCCAACAAGAAACCUACAAUGAACAUAUUGACGAGUCACUCUAAAAAAGAUAAGGAUGCUCCUAUUGUAGCUGAAUUUUCUUCAAGAGGGCCUAAUGUUGUUAUUCCAGACAUUUUGAAGCCUGAUAUAAUUGCACCAGGAACCGAGAUUUUAGCAGCAUUUUCACCAAAAAGUUCUCCUUCAGAUUACGGUUUUGACAAAAGAUCUGUAUUUUACAACAUAUUGUCUGGAACCUCUAUGUCAUGCCCUCAUGUCACUGGUGCAGCUGCUUACGUCAAAUCAAUCCAUCCUGAUUGGUCUGCUUCUGCAAUUAAAUCUGCUUUGAUGACUACCGCUGCUGCUGGCCGCAUGAAUACCUCUAAAUCAAAGCAUGGACACAAUGAAUUUAGUUAUGGAGCUGGGCAUCUUGAUCCAGUCAAAGCUGCAAAUCCAGGAAUCGUGUAUCGAACAACCUAUCAAGAUUACAUCAACUUGCUGUGUGGUAUGAACAUUUCUUCAUCCAUGGCCACCAAGAUGUCUGGACUCAACAUUACUUGUGAUGAUAAGAAAGUCCAACCUCUGAAAGCAAAGGAUUUGAAUUACCCUUCCAUGGCUGCCCAGAUUGAAGAGCUACCCUUGACUAAUAAUACUAAUGGUGCAGAAUUCAAAGUUAAGUUCACUAGAAAGGUCACAAAUGUUGGAUUACCAAACUCGACAUACAAGGCCAAAACCACAUGCCAUCAUACCGCGUGCAAAAUUAAUGUCGUGCCCGAGCAACUCUCAUUCAAGGCACUAAAUGAAGAGAAAUCAUUUGUGGUUACGGUUGCUGGGAAAAAUUUAGAGAGCAUGGUAUCUGCUUCUCUUGAAUGGGAUGAUGGAAUUCAUGUUGCUAGAAGUCCAAUAGUUGUGUAUGCUAAAACGAUGAGUGUGUAA